CCAAAUAUGAAGGAAGUUGUCAUGAAGGAGGUUGUGAAACUUCUAGAUGCAGGAAUCAUUUAUCCUAUCUCUGAUUCCAAAUGGGAGACUCCAUUUAUCUUUGAUGAAGCAUGCCUAAAUGCUUUUCAUCAACUUCGUACUCUUCUAUCAUUCGCUCCCAUCAUGCAACCUCCAAAUUGGUCAUUACCAUUUGAGAUUAUGUGUGAUGCUUCCGACUUCGCAAUGGGUGCUGUUUUGGGGCAAAGGGUAGGUAAACUACCAUAUGCUAUAUACUAUGCGAAAUUUGACUUUGAAAUCAAGGAUAAAAAGGGCUCCGACAAUGUCGUUGCCGAUCAUCUGUCUAGAUUAAUGGUUGAAUCUUCUCCAAAUCUUGAAAUUCAUGAAUCAUUUCCGGAUGAACAACUCUUUCAAAUCUCAAAUGGGACGUUGCCUUGGUUCGCCGACAUUGUUAAUUAUCUUGUAACCGGCAAACUUCCCAUUACUUGGUCAAAACAAGAAAAGGACCGAUUCUUUGCUACCAUCCGGAAAUACUAUUGGGAAGAUCCCAUUCUGUUUCGUUAUUGCCCGGAUCAAAUCAUAAGAAGAUGUGUGCCGGAAAGUGAAGUUCCGAGCGUCCUAGCGUUUUGUCACACACUUGCUUUUGCCGUUGAUUAUGUUUCAAAGUGGGUUAAGGCUUGUGCUACCAAAAUGAAUGACCACUCCGUGGUAAUUGCAUUCGUUAAAUCAAAUAUCUUUGCUCGUUUUGGUAUGCCAAGGGCUAUGAUAAGUGAUGGAGGAAAACAUUUCUGUAAUCAAUUCUUGAAGCAACUUUUCUUGAAAUACUCCGUCACACAUAAAGUGGCCACUCCCUACCAUCCCCAAACAAGUCGAUCAAGGCUGUUUCGGCCUUUAUUUUUUCGGCGUCAGAUCUGGGUCACGGCUAUUUCAUAUGCCGGCGAGACCCAGCAGUGGAUUCGCAGCUGGGUUCAUCUUUCCGGCGAUCUGUUUCGUCAUCCGAUGACGCGGUUGUUCGUUGCUUUCCGGCGUCGCAUCUGGGUUCGUCUUUCCGAUGCCGUUUGCCAUUUUCUGGGUUCGUUAGCCGGUAAUUCCGGCUGGUGGGUUCGCGGCUCGUUAUUCUCCAGCGAGGUCGCGGCUGCAUCGGCAUCAUAUUCCAGCGAUCUCGGCUUCAUCGGCGUCCCUUUUCUUCCAGCGAUCGCGGCUGGUUUACGGCUGCAUCGGCGUCGUCUCUCCAGCGAUUGCUGCUGGUUCGUCCAACGGCAUAGCGGCUGGGUUCUUCUCCGAUCGCUGCUGGGUCGCUGUUCUCCGGCGAAUUUCGGUUGCGUCUCGCCGGCGGCUUUUGAUUAG